AUGGCGUCGGUGGGGACCCUCGCCUUCGAUGAAUAUGGGCGCCCUUUCCUCAUCAUCAAGGAUCAGGAUCGCAAAUCUCGUCUUAUGGGACUUGAGGCUCUCAAGUCUCAUAUCAUGGCAGCAAAGGCUGUAGCAAAUACAAUGAGAACAUCACUUGGACCAAAUGGACUUGAUAAAAUGAUGGUGGACAAGGAUGGUGACGUGACGGUGACAAAUGACGGUGCCACCAUUCUAAGUAUGAUGGACGUCGAUCACCAGAUUGCCAAGCUGAUGGUGGAGCUGUCCAAAUCACAGGAUGAUGAAAUUGGAGAUGGGACCACAGGGGUGGUUGUCCUGGCCGGUGCCCUGCUGGAGGAAGCCGAGCAGCUGCUGGACCGCGGCAUUCACCCGAUCAGGAUCGCCGACGGCUACGAACAGGCUGCCCGUAUUGCUAUUGAGCACCUGGACAAGAUCAGCGAUAGUGUCCUCGUUGACAUGAAGGACACUGAGCCCCUGAUUCAGACCGCCAAGACCACGCUGGGCUCCAAAGUGGUUAACAGCUGUCACCGGCAGAUGGCUGAGAUCGCCGUGAAUGCCAUCCUCACCGUGGCGGACAUGCAGCGCAGAGACGUGGACUUUGAGCUCAUCAAAGUGGAAGGCAAAGUGGGUGGGAGGCUGGAGGACACGAAACUUAUUAAGGGAGUGAUCGUGGACAAGGAUUUCAGUCACCCACAGAUGCCAAAACAAGUAGAAAAUGCUAAGAUUGCAAUCCUCACGUGCCCGUUUGAACCACCCAAACCGAAGACCAAGCAUAAGCUGGACGUUACCUCUGUAGAAGAUUAUAAAGCCCUUCAGAAAUACGAAAAGGAGAAGUUUGAAGAGAUGAUUCAGCAAAUUAAAGAAACAGGGGCAAACCUAGCUAUUUGCCAGUGGGGAUUCGACGAUGAAGCGAAUCAUUUACUUCUCCAGAAUAACCUUCCUGCAGUUCGCUGGGUAGGAGGACCUGAAAUAGAGCUCAUCGCCAUUGCAACGGGAGGCCGGAUCGUCCCACGGUUCUCAGAGCUCACUUCUGAGAAGCUGGGCUUUGCUGGUCUUGUAAAAGAGAUCUCCUUUGGGACCACUAAGGACAAAAUGCUGGUCAUUGAGCAAUGUAAGAACUCCAGGGCUGUGACCAUUUUCAUCAGAGGAGGAAAUAAGAUGAUCAUCGAGGAAGCAAAACGAUCCCUUCACGACGCACUGUGUGUCAUCCGGAACCUCAUCCGUGACAACCGUGUGGUGUACGGUGGAGGCGCCGCCGAGAUAGCCUGUGCCCUGGCAGUGAGCCAAGAGGCAGACAAGUGCCCGACCUUGGAGCAGUAUGCCAUGCGGGCUUUUGCCGAUGCGCUGGAGGUCAUCCCCAUGGCUCUUUCUGAAAACAGCGGCAUGAAUCCCAUCCAGACUAUGACCGAAGUCCGAGCCAGACAAGUGAAGGAGAUGAACCCCGCUCUUGGGAUUGACUGUUUACACAAGGGUACAAAUGAUAUGAAGCAGCAACACGUCAUCGAAACUUUGAUUGGCAAAAAGCAACAGAUCUCUCUUGCAACACAAAUGGUUAGAAUGAUUUUGAAGAUUGAUGACAUCCGGAAGCCUGGAGAAUCUGAGGAGUAAGGAAAAAAUGGAGAAUCAGAUGUAGUAGUAAGACCCACGGCUGUGCCUGAAUAAAGGGAUGUCUUGUGACGCAUCUGCAGUUAUUUAUUACUGUGUCCUUUUUCAGACACUGUGGAUGCUGUAACGAUAAAUAAAAAUAGCUGUUUGGUAA